GUCCCACCCCCCGCAAAGCAAAGCUGUCACUGCAGAGCUGUGGAGAUGGGGGGGGCCGGGGGGAGGGGACGUCUCCGUGCCUCAAUGACCCCCCCCCGUGUGGUGGGGCUGGUGUGUCCAUCCCGGGGUGUCCAGCAGUGAAUGUCCCAGCCCGUCCCGAGCCGCUGCAGCAUGACACAGCGUGGGGGGGGCAGCGGGGGGAGUCCUGGCUCUGAGCACUUCGGCAGCGCUGAGAGGCGCUGGAGGGGGUGAAGAUGUCGGGCUCCAUCGCCUCGUACGAGCAGCUGGUGCGGCAGGUGGAGGCGCUGAAGAAGGAGAACAGCCACCUCCGGCGGGAGCUGGAGGACAACUCCAACCACCUCUCCAAGCUGGAGAAUGAGACCUCGGACAUGAAGGAGGUCCUGAAGCACCUCCAGGGGAAGCUGGAGCAGGAGGCGCGGGUCAUGGUGUCCUCUGGGCAGACAGAGGUCCUGGACCAGCUGAAAGCCCUGCAGAUGGACAUCACCAGCCUCUACAACCUCAAGUUCCCCCCAGAGGUCGCUGGAACUGGGCGCAGUGCUGAGGACAGCCCACCAGCCCCAGCGCCACACCGGGACGGUGCUGGGGACCUGGGCAGAGCCACCAUCCGGAUGCUGGAGGAGCUGGACAGGGAGAGGUGCUUUUUGUUGGGGGAGAUUGAGAAGGAGGAGAAGGAGAAGGUCUGGUACUACGCCCAGCUGCAGAGCCUGGCCACACGCCUGGAGGAGCUGCCCCACGUGGAGACGUUCUCCAUGCAGAUGGAUCUGAUCCGGCAGCAGCUGGAGUUCGAGGCCCAGCACAUCCGCUCGCUGAUGGAGGAGCGAUUCGGCACGGCCGACGAGAUGGUGCAGCGGGCACAGAUCCGCGCGUCCCGCCUGGAGCAGAUCGACAAGGAGCUGAUGGAGGCGCAGGACAAGGCGCAGCAGCCGGAGCCGCAGCUCUGUGGGAAGGUGCCGGGCACUGAGGGGGACGGGAGCCUGGACCCCCCGACCCACCCUGAGGAAGGGGGCAGCAGCAAGGUGGAGGUGGUCUUCUGGCUCCUGUCCAUGCUGGCCACGCGGGAUAAGGAGGACAUGUCCCGCACGCUGCUGGCCAUGUCCAGCUCCCAGGAGAGCUGCCAGGCCAUGCGGCGCUCGGGCUGCCUGCCCCUGCUCAUCCAGAUCCUGCACGACUCGGAGGGAGAGCCCGGCCCCCCCGAGAGCCCCCCCAGCGCCAAGGACGCCCGCAUGCGGGCCAACGCCGCCCUCCACAACAUCGUCUUCUCCCAGCCCGAUGAGGGCCAGGCCAAGAAGGAGAUGCGGGUGCUGCACGUGCUGGAGCAGAUCCGCUCCUACUCGGAGACCUGCUGGGACUGGCUGCAGAUGCAGAGGCGGGACGGGGGGCGAGGCCCCGGGGGCAGCGCAGCUCCAGUGCCCAUCGAGCCCCAGAUCUGCCAGGCUACCUGUGCCAUCAUGAAACUCUCCUUCGACGAGGAGUACCGGCGGGCCAUGAACGAGCUGGGUGGGCUGCAGGCAGUGGCUGAGCUGCUGCAGGUGGACUAUGAGAUGCACAAGGUGACCAACGACCCCCUGAACCUGGCGCUGCGGCGCUACGCCGGGAUGGCCCUCACCAACCUCACCUUCGGGGACGUGGUCAACAAGGCGACGCUGUGCUCACGCCGGGGCUGCAUGGAGGCCAUUGUGGCUCAGCUGGGCUCCGACAGUGAGGAGCUGCACCAGGUGGUCUCCAGCAUCCUCAGGAACCUCUCCUGGCGCGCUGACAUCAACAGCAAGAAGGUGCUGAGGGAGGUGGGCAGUGUCACCGGGCUGACGCGGUGCGCCCUGCACGCUGGCAAGGAGUCGACCCUGAAGAGCGUCCUGAGCGCGCUGUGGAACCUGUCGGCGCACAGCACGGAGAACAAAGCUGCCAUCUGCGGGGUGGAGGGAGCCCUGGGCUUCCUGGUCAGCACCCUCACCUACAAGUGCCAGAGCAACUCGCUGGCCAUCAUCGAGAGCGGCGGUGGGAUCCUCAGGAACGUCUCCAGCCUCAUCGCCACGCGGGAGGACUACAGGCAGGUGCUCCGGGACCACAACUGCCUGCAGACGCUGCUGCAGCACCUGCGCUCGCACAGCCUCACCAUCGUCAGCAACGCCUGCGGGACCCUCUGGAACCUGUCGGCCCGCAGCCCCCGCGACCAGGAGCUGCUCUGGGACCUGGGGGCGGUCGCCAUGUUGCGCAACCUCAUCCACUCCAAGCACAAGAUGAUUGCCAUGGGCAGCGCGGCCGCUCUCCGCAACCUCCUCACCAACCGGCCCCCCAAGUACAAGGACACAGCGGUGGUCUCGCCGGGCUCCUGCAUGCCCUCGCUCUACAUGCGCAAGCAGAAGGCGCUGGAGGCCGAGCUGGACGCCAAGCACUUGGCUGAGACCUUUGACACCAUGGAGAAGCAGAGCCUGAAGAGCCAGAGCGCCAAGAAGCCCAUGCGGCACAUGGAGAGCCUGGUGAAGGACUACGCCUCCGACUCUGGCUGCUUUGAUGAUGACGAGGUGCCCAACAUCUCCACCGGUGUGGAGACAGCCAGUGCCUCUGUCCUCUCCAUUUUCCUCAACUCCUCUUUCCUGCAGGGGCAGGCGCUGCCCCGGGUGCUGGCGCAGAGACGCUGCCCAGAGCCGGAGAAGGACGGCAGCGGGAAGGCGGCCGAGCCCAGGAAGCUGCCCCUGCCGGAGGAUGACGUCUCUCUGGCUGCCGAGAAGUUGGCCAACAAGAUCUCCAGCACGGUGGCCAAGAUCGACAAGCUGGUGGAAGACAUCUCCACCAUGCACACGUCCUCGGAUGACAGCUUCAGCCUCAGCUCCGAGGACCACUGCCUGGACUGGCAGUACGGCCCCGAGGAGCUGCCCGAGGCGCGCGCCCAGUCCUGCUCGCCCUGUCGCCUCUCGGACGCUGGCGCCUUCGGCAAGCGGGAGGGCCUGAGCCGGGCGCGGGCGCUGCUGCGGCUGAGGACAGCGCAGACCAGCCUGUCCAACGACAGCCUCAACAGCGGCAGCACCAGCGACGGCUACUGCACCAAGGAGCACAUGAAGCCCUGCACCAGGGCUGCCUUCCUCGACUACCGGGACGAGCUGCAGCGGUACCAGAAGCGCCCGAGCCGGCUCGACCUCCAGAGCAUCCUGGGUGGAAAACCGGAGCGGGGGGAACCCAAGGGCAGGGACGCGGCUGAGCCGGAGAAGCCGGAGCAGCAGGACCUGCCCGAACGGGCCAAGAAGACGGUGACUUUCCCCAGCCCCAAGGCACUGGAGGAGCCCGAGUGGAAGAAGGAGGCAGGCAGCAAGCUCUCCCCCGACCCCCAGGUCCGCACCAUCAAGCUCUCCCCGUCCUACCAGCACGUGCCUGUGCUCGAGAACACAGCCAAGAGUGGUGCAGCCACCAGUGCCAGCCACCACCCCUCCCUCAUGGGCAGAAAGCAAGCCUGGUUGCCCCCCACCCUGCUGCAGACAGCUGAGACCCUGAGCAAGAUCCCGGAGAAGCUGCCUGCCCACCCGCCGGCCACCACGGAGCAGGAGUCAGUGCAGAAGUACUCAGUGGAGGACACCCCGAUCUGCUUCUCCCGCUGCAGCUCCCUCUCCUCCCUCUCCUCAGCUGACAAUGUGCUGGAUGGGCAGAGCCACAGCGAAAAUGACCUGGACAGUGAUUCCUCCCUGGAGAUCCUGGAGAUGGAGGAAGGAGAUGGGGAAGGUGAGAAUGGGAGGCAGGAGAAGGUGGCAGAUCCAGGUCUGACCACACCAGUGGGGAUUUCCCAGCCCAUCACCAUCCCCUUCCCAGAGCGUGACAAGGUCUUCCUGCGGGAAUCAUCGCCAUCCCGCCAGGAGGACCUCACACCCUCGAGCUCCUCAGAGAACUACAUCCAGGAGACGCCACUGGUGAUGAGCCGCUGCAGCUCCGUCAGCUCCCUGGGCAGCUUUGAGAGCCCCUCCAUCGCCAGCUCCAUCCAGAGCGACCCCUGCAGCGAGAUGAUCAGCGGCACCGUCAGUCCCAGCGAGCUGCCCGACAGCCCCGGCCAGACCAUGCCCCCCAGCCGCAGCAAGACACCCCUCUUUGAGCUGGGCUGUCAGCCAGAGAAGGAGACCAGCCAGUUCAACAUCCAGUGGGAGAACAACGUCAAGAAGUUCAUGGAAAUCACCGACUUCAAGGAACGCUUCCAGCUGCCCCAGGACCUGGACUCCAUGGUCUACUUUACAGUGGAGAAACCCAACGAGAACUUCUCCUGCGCCUCCAGCCUGAGCGCCCUGCCCCUCCACGAGCACUACGUCCAGAAGGACGUGGAGCUCAAGCUGAUGCCCAACUUCCCAGAGAAGAGCAGCCUGAAUUUUGCGGCUCACGAGAAGCGGGAGGAGCGGCGGGAGGAGCGGUACCUGGAGGGCCGGUGCCGGGCCGAGCGCCCCGAGCCCCCCGACGACGACGACAUCGAGAUCCUGAAGGAGUGCAUCAGCUCUGCCAUGCCCUCCCGUUUCCGCAAGGUGAAGACCUCCCUGCUCUCCGGCCAGGUCCUGCACCCCCAGACAAAGAAGCCGGUGCACGUCCCUGUCUACAUGCUGGUGCCAACCCACGCCCACCCCAGUGUCCCCAAGCACCUUCGUGCCACCGCCCGCGACCUCUUCAAGGAUGACGACUCCUUCACCGACUCAGCUGACGGGACCCCUGUCAACUUCUCCAGCGCUGCCUCGUUGAGCGAUGAGACCCUGCGGUACCCGGCUGCUGAGGAGGCUGAGCACCCCCGUGGCGGGGGGCCGGGGCGCCCGGUGGGGGUCUUGACCAAGGGGCACCAGGAGGCAGGCAAUGCCAGCCCCAUCCCAGCCAGGAGAGCCACCUCUAGCAGCACCAGGCUGAGCUCAGCCUGCACAGGGAAAGCAGGAGUGGAGGGAAAGCGGGGCCAGGCCCCCAUGAGGAGCCUGGAGCUGGAGGUGGGGGACAGCAGUGGUCCCCCCGGGAGGAGGGAUGUUCCCCAGGAAGAAGGGGUGGCCUUCCAGUCGCUGUGCCACACCACGCCCACGGAGGAAGCCGUCUACUGCUUCUACGAGCAGGACUCGGACGAGCAGCCCGAGGUGGGCAGGGAGGUGCCCGGCAGCGCAGCCCAGCCUGGCUGGGGUCCCAGGAGGGAGCGCUGGGCUGGAUCUGUCCCCCGCAGGGACCCUGAGCCCCCUCCCCGGCCGGCGAAGGUGAAGCCCCAGAACACCCUCAUCGCCGACGAGACUCCACCGUGCUACUCCCUCAGCUCCUCCAUGAGCUCCCUGAGCGAUGCCAACCUCUCUGAGGGUGAGGAGAGGGGUCAGCCCUGCAGCAAAGCCCCCCGGGGGCUGCGGGCGGGAGGUCAGGCCCAGGGGGGCUCCCCCAGCCUCAACUCGGAGGAUGACCUGCUGCAGAACUGCAUCGGCUCGGCCAUGCCCAAGCACUGGCGGCCCUCGGCUCGCCGGAGGGUGGUGGAGCGCAAGCAGAAGCCGGUGGGUGCCGGCGGGAGGGAGCGGAAAGCCGAGGUCAGACAUCUCCCUGCCGAGGACGCCGGCUCUGACCGGGGCUCGGACCUGGACAGCGUGGAAUGGCAGGCCAUCCAGGAGGGUGCCAACUCCAUCGUCACCUGGCUGCACCAGGCUGCUGCCUCCUUCUCGCGGGAGCCUUCCUCUGAGUCUGACUCCAUCCUCUCCUUCAUGUCAGGGCUCUCGGUGGGCUCCACCCUGCAGCUCUCCCUGGGCAGGCAGGAGAAGAAACGGGCUGGCAGCGCGGCCGGCCGGGAUGGGGCGAGGAGGGAGCACAGCAAGACCCGCCCGGAGAGGAAGGACGCGCCGGGUCCCGCCAGCCGUGGCAGCGUCAGGGCAGAGCGGAGCCCAGCACCCGCCAAGCCCCUGCCCAACCUGCCCGUGGUCUUCCGGGGCAGGACAGUCAUCUACAUGCCCAACCUGGCCAAGGAUGCCCCAAGCCCACGGGCCACCCCGAAAAAGAGCCCUGCGGCGAAGCCCGAGGCUCCAGCAGCCAAGAACCUUUCCCUGAGCCAGCAGCGGUCACGGAGCCUGCACCGGCUGGGAAAACCCCCCGAAACAGGGGAGCUGGCGCUGCCCAAGAGGAGCACCACGCCGCCCGCCCGCAUCGGCAAGGGGCCCCCCUCCUCGGGAUCCUCCCGCACCUCCACCCCGUCCCAGCACGCGCCCAAGAAGCUGCCGUCGCCCUCCCAGUUCACCAAGCAAAGUCCCCCGGCCACAGGCAAAGCUGGGGGCUCUCCCUCCCCACCAGGACCCCCUGCCAGAGCCCCGAACCCCAAGUCCCCGGCCCCCAAACAGUCCAAGACGCAGAAGUCGCCCGUGCGCAUCCCCUUCAUGCAGAAGCCCAGCAGGAAGGUGGCACCAGGCCGGGGGGCCAUGCCGGUGCUGGAGGAGCAGGCGGAUGGGGGCAAAGUGCAGGGCAGGGGCCCCGGCCGGCUCAACCUGGUGCGGAUGUCGUCCACCCGCUCCAGCAGCAGCGACUCGGAUCGCUCGGGCUUCCUGCGCCAGCUCACCUUCAUCAAGGAAUCCUCCAGCCUGCUGCUCCGGCACCGCGCCGAGCUCUCCCCACCGCAGCCGUCGGCCUCGCUGCCCCGCCGGGCCUCCCCGCAGCGCAGCCGCGCCGCGCUCCCGGCCGUCUUCCUCUGCUCCUCCCGCUGCGAGGAGCUCAAGGCGGCCAAGCCAGUGGCCUCUGGCCCACGGCCCCUUGUCCCCAGGGUCCAGCCGGGUGGCAAAGUCCCCACCGGUGCCAAACCGCCACGGAGAACCAGUUCUGAGAGCCCGUCCCGGCUGCCGGUGAAGACCAGUGUCCCCGAGCCCUUCAAGAGGUACUCGUCCUCGCCCAACAUCGCCGUGGCGCGGCGCACGGGCAGCCCUUCCUCCGUGCUCUCCGCCCGCUCCGAGGCUCCGCGGCGGCCGCCGAGCGAGGCGGUGCCCGGCGGGCAGCCGGCCAAGCCCCCGGUGGUGGUGAUGAAGGGCACGUGGCGGAGGAUCCGCGAUGAAGACAUCCCCCACAUCCUGAAGAGCACGCUGCCCUCCUCCGCGCUGCCGCUGGCGGGGGACGGCGAGGACGAGCCCCCCGGCAGCUCCGGCCCCAGGAAGACCAGCGAUGCCGUGGUGCAGACCGAGGACUUCUCCACCACCAAGACCAACUCCAGCACCUCUCCCACGCUGGAGACCCGCCCGGGACCCCCGCCCGCCGGUGAUGGUGAAGCCCCGGCCCCCACCAAGGCCGCUCUGCCCAUCUCCUUUGGCCACGAGGCGCCGGCCGGGACCUUCCCCACCAGCCGGCACAGCUCCCCGAGCAGGGCCGCCCGUGUCACCCCCUUCAACUACGUCCCCAGCCCCAUGGCGGUGACAGCGGUGGCCGAGAAGGCGGUGGAGAAAAUCCAGGCUUGAGCAGCCUCUGCAGGUGAAGCCCCAGUCAGGGUCCCACAACCCCCUUCCUUCCCCACGGGAGGGGGACAGUGACAUUGGACAGCUGGGGACUGGUGAGUCACCCCAACCUGCUGCCUCCCCCCGCUGGGGUCCUGCUGCACCCGAGCCCCACAGGUCCCCGUGCCAAGGACCAGGCAGAGCCAUGGGGACCCGCUGGGGACGGCACUGAUGCCCCAAACCGAGCUGCAUCUCGGUGGCUCCAUCUCCUCCCCCCCCCCAAGGGAUGCCCCAGGACUGUGUCCCCUUGUCCCCCCAUCCUGCCUCAGGCAGGGGCUGAGCCAAGGGCCCGAUCCUGAGCACUGGGACACCCCCCGCACACUCCAGCCCUGCAGCUCAUCCCGCUCCAAGGCCCAGCCCUGCCAGUAUCACAGCUCAUUUAUUAACUGGGGAGGAACACACAGCUGGGCCAAGGCAGGGAGAGGCCCGAGGGAAAGGGGGAAAGCGUGUGGCUGUGGGGAGAUGGGGCU